ACAUUCACAUCGUGUCAUUAUCAUUUAUGUAACACAUUAGUGUUUGUGCAAAAAUUUUGUUUUAAUAUGUUUAUUGUCUACAAAACACUAUUUUGUAAUAAAAAAUAUUCUGAAAUGCCUCAAAUUUAAAGCUGUCCAAUUUCCCAGAACAUCUUUUAUGGGGUAUUUUAUGUAUUGAUAUUUUUAAUGCCGACGAUUUUACUUCAAAAUUAAUUAAAAAGCAUGUGUGACAAAACCAUUAAACUUAUGGGCUGACAAAAUUACGCAACCACGACCAAAACCGUAACAAAAUGGAUAAAACAAAUGUGAUGAAGUCGAAGUCAUCGAACAGCGCCAUCACGACGAAGUCCGACAAUCACAGCAGAGACAAGAAGAGUAGGAGCAAUGCGGAGUUUCAGCGGCAAGCGAUGAAGAAGCGAGGAGUGUACGUGGAGAAGAAGGCAACAAAUAUUAGUAUUCAACAGGGUAACACAGGUAAUCCACAAAACAAGUCGGUAUCCCACAGUCCGUCGCCGCCUUCGCCAGCGACAGUGCCCAAAGCCCCUCCGCGCCCCAAGCCUGGCCAGAAGAAGUUCUUAGCUUCAGUCCUGACCAUACUAUCCAAAUCUACAGCCGCCACGCAGUUCCCCGAAAACGUAGCUAAUGCACCCAAGGGCAAAACAAAACGUAAACUUGACGCCGGGCCGAAAAAAUACAGGUCCAAAGUACUCAAUGACGAAAUGAUAAAGAAUCUAGAUCCACAGAAAUCUCUAGUACUUCAAUACAAGAAUAUUCAUAACAACCCUGAGACUGUUUCCGACUCGGAUUCAAUUAAACAUCGCGAAGGACAUUCGCUUAACAAUGAAAGAGGCAAUAUGUUAAAAAGUGUGUCGGUAAUGUCCAGCGAAGCUAAAGGCAUCGUCAAGGAAGUACUGGAAGGUCUGCAAGUAAGGAACAAGGACGUGAGGAUACAAGAACCAGUAACUGAAGUCGAGAAGAUUAGCAAAGUUAAAAAAGAAAAGGGGGAAAACGAUGAACAACUUUAUAAAUUCUUUGUGGAUCUUCUUGAGACCACAUUUAGUGUUUACAAUGUGAAAGCUGAUUACGACGCGGCGCCCGAGAGCGGGUUUAGUUCCAAAGUCGCAUUCGAAAUUGACGAGGCUGUCGUUAAGAAGUUGGAUACAAGAAAAAAUAUCGAGGACGACGACGAUGCGCACAAGCAAUCAAAUUACUAUUAUGUCAAAGACUCUGAAGCUUUGUGUAGCGACAAAGCGCCCCCAGAUAUGUAUAAAAGAACGAAAGAGCCAAGAGAAAUUGUACAGAAAGAGGCGCGCCCGAAAAGAAUAAAGGCUCAGUCGUUUGUGUACAAUACGAAACCGAAAAAAGCAUUCGACGUGAACCUCGAGCCGAUGCGUUUUCCAAAGAAAAGGAUAUCAAAGAAAGCCAAGAAGAAGACUUUAAUAAACCUGUUCAAGGAACAACUGAAAAUGAGUUACAGCGAUUACGAAGAACCGCAGACACUGUUUGAUGCUCUGCAAGUAAUGGCCAGGAAUAAAAGGAAGAAUCAAAAAGCUAUUCGGUUUGAUGUACCGACUAAAGAAUGCGUUUUUAGAAGGCCAAAAAUUUUGUCAAUUAAAGAACCUAAGAAGGAUAAGAAAUGCGAUUAUGGUUUUAGGAAUGAUAAAGAAAAGAUGCGACCUAUUAAAUCUUUUAAUAGAUCUUUACCUAGACCAGUAGAAAAGGAGUCGUAUGAAACUUUGGAAGUAUACGGGUAUGAUUAUGAAGUGAAUAAUAAUCCGACUUACAGUGUUGAUAAGGACACCAUGUUGCAAACAUUCCCUUCUGUAGAUGACCUUGAUUUCGAGAGUUAUGAAACGUUUGACAAUUGCAUCAACACGGCGGACCAGGAGCAAAUGUUCACGCGAGGUAUGUGAUGAGGCGGAAAAAAAAUUGAAAAACAAAUGAUUAAAAAUUAUGUUUGAAAAAUGU